AUGAGUUACGAAUCUGGGAGGUCAUCCUCCUCUUCCGAGAGUACACGGCCACCAACGCUAAAAGAAGAACCUAAUGGUAAAAUAGCUUGGGAAGAAAGUGUCAAAAAAUCUAGGGAAAAUAACGAAAAUGACAGCACUCUCUUGAGGCGAAAGCUAGGUGAGACUCGAAAAGCAAUUGAAACUGGAGGAUCAUCGAGAAAUAAACUUUCUGCUUUGACACCCUUGAAAAAAGUGGUUGACGAGAGGAAGGAUUCGGUACAACCACAGGUCCCUUCCAUGGGUUUUACUUAUUCUUUGCCUAAUUUGAAGACUUUAAACAGUUUUUCAGAUGCUGAGCAAGCACGUAUAAUGCAAGAUUAUCUAUCCAGGGGGGUAAAUCAAGGCAACAGUAAUAAUUAUGUAGACCCACUAUAUCGGCAAUUAAAUCCAACUAUGGGUAGUAGCAGGAACAGGCCUGUUUGGAGUUUAAAUCAGCCGUUACCGCAUGUAUUGGAUCGAGGCUUGGCAGCAAAGAUGAUACAAAAGAAUAUGGAUGCAAGGUCCCGCGCAUCAUCGAGACGAGGGUCGACCGAUAUUUCAAGGGGGGGUUCUACUACGUCAGUGAAAGACUGGAAAAGGCUCCUUAGAGGUGCAGCACCGGGUAAAAAGCUUGGUGACAUCGAAGCUCAAACGCAACGCGAUAAUACUGUUGGUGCAGAUGUGAAACCUACUAAGUUAGAGCCUGAAAACCCACAAAAGCCCUCUAACACGCAUAUUGAGAAUGUUUCACGUAAGAAAAAGCGUACUUCGCAUAAUGUCAAUUUUUCAUUAGGCGAUGAAAGCUACGCAUCCUCCAUAGCCGAUGCAGAAUCCAGAAAAUUAAAGAACAUGCAAACCCUCGAUGGUUCUACUCCGGUUUAUACGAAGCUUCCUGAAGAACUUAUUGAAGAGGAAAAUAAAAGUACGAGUGCAUUAGAUGGUAAUGAAAUUGGUGCCUCAGAAGAUGAAGACGCGGAUAUAAUGACAUUUCCUAACUUUUGGGCAAAAAUUCGCUAUCAUAUGCGAGAACCGUUUGCGGAGUUUCUCGGGACACUAGUUCUUGUCAUUUUUGGUGUUGGUGGUAAUCUUCAAGCAACUGUAACAAAAGGUAGUGGUGGUUCCUAUGAAUCCCUAUCAUUUGCAUGGGGGUUCGGUUGUAUGCUUGGUGUUUACGUCGCAGGCGGUAUUAGUGGUGGUCAUAUUAACCCUGCUGUUACGAUUUCAAUGGCAAUUUUUCGAAAAUUCCCCUGGAAAAAGGUGCCCGUAUAUAUUGUUGCUCAGAUUAUCGGUGCAUAUUUUGGAGGAGCUAUGGCUUAUGGUUAUUUUUGGAGCUCUAUCACAGAAUUUGAGGGAGGUCCGCACAUAAGAACAACGGCGACCGGUGCGUGUUUGUUUACUGAUCCAAAGUCUUACGUCACGUGGAGAAAUGCCUUCUUUGACGAAUUCAUAGGAGCCUCUAUACUUGUGGGUUGUUUGAUGGCGCUAUUGGAUGAUAGUAAUGCUCCACCUGGCAAUGGUAUGACCGCAUUAAUUAUUGGAUUCUUAGUCGCUGCAAUUGGUAUGGCCCUUGGAUAUCAAACAAGUUUCACAAUCAAUCCUGCAAGAGAUCUCGGUCCUCGCAUAUUUGCUUCCAUGAUUGGCUAUGGUCCACAUGCUUUUCAUCUCACACAUUGGUGGUGGACAUGGGGAGCCUGGGGUGGUCCAAUUGCCGGCGGUAUUGCUGGAGCACUCAUAUAUGACAUUUUCAUUUUUACUGGAUGCGAAUCCCCAGUCAACUACCCAGACAACGGUUAUAUUGAGAAUAGGGUAGGUAAACUUUUACAUGCGGAGUUCCACCAGAAUGAUGGCACUGUCUCAGAUGAAUCUGGUGUUAACAGCAACAGCAACACUGGCAGCAAGAAAUCUGUGCCUACUUCGUCAUAA